GAAAAUGACCUCUUUUUUAAAAAGAACUUCCCAGAAAAUAAAAUAGUGAAGGGGAACAGGCGGGACGGCCGGUGAACCUUGCGAAUAAAGGGAGCAAAAAUUCUACGAGAGAUAGGAGAUGAACGGAAGGGAAGUGGAAUCCUACGUUGUUAUGCCGCGCGCAACGUGGAUAGGAGUUAAUGAAUAACUUAAAAAUCGAAAUUCCGUGACUGUGUCGAAUUUCAAACACGUAUUCUGCCAUCUCUGUAAAACUUGUAUCUCUGGCGAUCGCUGCUGCUUGCCGCGCUGUGGUCUGGAAUAUAACAGUUAAUUAUUCACAUAUGGAUGAUCACCUGGAGUCUCUUAGAACUGAGAACAAAAAGCUACGAGGUAAACACAAUGAACUGGAGUCGAAUCUGACUGAGGAGAAAGAAAUGGUCAGGUAUUUGCAUGGCGUGAUAAAGAAUUACCAACAGCUGCUGAAGAUACCUGAAACGACGCGACAUCUUAAGAGUGCAUCUCUCAAGAAAGUCCGUCGAUCUCACAGUGCUAGACGCUUAGCUUGUCAGGAAGAUGUGGAGGAAAUUUUCGUGAAGAAUUUGGUCAGUGAAAUGAGUAAUGUUCGUACGCCGGAAAGGAAGGAAGAAGAUAACGAGCAGUUCGUGCCAAAUGAUAAUGACCGAUGCGUGGUUCUAGACACGUCCGACUGUGAAAAUAACGACAGAAUCAAUAACAACAGCCAAGUAUCUGAAAAAGCCUUAUCAGCCAUCGAUCACGAGAAAGCAGAACUUUCUCCAGACACAAACAAGACGUUCUGGGAAGUUAAGGGUCAGCGAAGUUGCGGUCCCCGACGAAAUACAAGCAUUUCUUUAGAGAAAAUAUGUACUGAAAGAGACACAGUUUUAAAUCAUUGCGAUAGAGAGCGCAUUCUACAAGAAAUGACACAUACAUUGGACUCCAUGAUGGCGAAAGCAACUGUACUCGAGAAAAGUUUAAAACAAAAGGACAAACAUUUGAAAAAAAUGGAGCGAAGGUUCGAAUACUUGGAAAGCAUAGCGUUAGGGGAAGAAUCUGAAUGGCUGUAACUCUACACUGAAUACUUUGCGUGACCGUUACCAGCUGCAGCAUGGGUUAUGCAUUAUGGCCAAAGAAGGAAGUAAACUGUGCGUCACGUCUCUGCGGUGAGCCAUAACUUUUGGAAGUAACGAGCCUACGGUUACUUUCGGAGGGUCCGGCGCAACUAUUAGGGGGUCGUUUGUACUUUCGGGUAGCUAUUCAUAAAAUAAAAAGAUUUUUUUUAAUAUACAGUGAACUUAAAACUGAGGAAAAGUGUAAAUAAAAGUAGUUUCAGUAUAUAGCUGGUUUUCACAUGACGUCACUAAAAUUCGAACUUCAAAACUA